CACUCCUCUUUUCCUCUUUUCUCCACUCUCCAUCAGUGCAUUGACAUCAUGGCGUCAUAAAGCCUCAUGCAACUUCUGGAGCCAUGAGGAGGCCAAGGACUAUUCACGGCUGCUAAAUUUUUUAAUACUGUUAACUUUCUUCCCCACCCCAUCCCUUUUUAGAGAUUGGCAGCAGCAUGCUGAAGUUGUGCAUUGUCACGUUUGCGGUCCAAUGGGCGCUUUUUGCGCCGGGAGCUGCUGCUGUGCCAAAGAAGCCGGCUGCAGACUCCGGGCCGCAAGCUGAGCUAGAAGUGCAGCAAGUUGACAACAAGAAGAAUAAGAAUCUGCAGGAGGUGACAGAUGGCCAGGAAAACAUCCUCUUUAAGCUGCUGGGUGAUUAUGACAAAGUGAAAGCCGUCUCGGAAGGCUCUGACUGUGGCUGUAAAUGUGUUGUCAGACCCCUGAGCAGGAGCGCCUGCCCACGGAUAGAAGAGGGCAACGCGGGCCCGCAGGACACGUACACGCUGGAGACCAUCGCGUCCGGUCCGGAGUGUAAGUGCGCCUGCGUCGCUCCUCCGUCAGCGGUCGACCCCUGCCAGGGAGAGCUCAGGUUGAAAAAGCUUAGGGAGGCGGCUAAAGAUGACGUCAAGCUGGCCACCAUCCUCGAGCUUCUGGAAGGUUCCUAUUAUGGGAUGGAUCUGUUGAAGCUGCAGGCCCUCAUCAGCAAUCUGGUGGAGCGAGUGACACACAUUGAAAAGGUUAUGGCCUUGAAUCCCACCAGAGAUGACAUAAAGACCCACAAGAACCCUCCAAACCCACACGACGCUCAUAAGCGGUGGACUACGCCCCCACCUUCAUCCCGUCCAGACGACCAGGAUGGAAGGAAACUGCGCGGACCCGAAGCGUCUCCAAAACCAACGGAGAAGUUUGUCGCAGGGACCCAGUUGAAUUCUUCGGUUCAGGUCACCGAGGUGAAAGCGCACAAUGUUCCCAAAAAGGCAACCGACAAAGAGGUUCCUCAAGGGUCAAAGAGUGGUCUCAAUGGGAUGAUCAUCAGAGGGGUGACGUUUUACAAGUCGGAGCCUGAACCGGCGACGGCUGACGACGGAGAACAUGAAGAGAACGAUUUUGAGUAUCAUGGAUUCAGCGGAGACGGCCCGAUAGACCUCCUGAUCGAAGAACACCUUCUUCAACACCGAGCCCCUCGCCCACGUCCCGGGCCCCGGUCAUUUCGACCCGUGACCAACGGCCUCUUCCGUGGCUCCAAGAAGACCAGCCAAACCUCGACACCGAAAGGCACCGAGUCUACGGAGGUGAUCAACGACAUCGAUGCUACAUCCCAGUCGGUGGAUUUCACCACUUUGAUGUCCCCCCCACCAACCAAGGAGAUGCUCAUAGUGUCCCAUACAGAUAAAGUAACCUCCGAAGUGUUCACGGGAACUAUCACUAUGGAAACCCCAAGCCUAGAGACAGUCCAAACCACAGAAGCAGCAAACACUACUGCAGAGGAUGUGACCACUAACAUUGGGACCAGUCCAGCUCCGCCUCCAACAGCGAAAAACACCCAGGUUACUGUCACCACACCACAGGAACCCACCAGCCCUUCAGUUUCUUCUACAACAAGUCCUCCACACACUUCUGCACCCGUCACCACACCUGCCACGACAUCACCCCCGGCUACCACAACACCAACCACCACCACCAGGCAGGUUCCCAGGGUCAAGCAGAAGUACAAGAUCAGCUGGGAGGAGGAAGAGGAAGAUCACGUGAAGUUUGACCAGAUGAUGCAAAGGCAGGAAGAAGCCGCGGCAAAGAAAAAUGAAGAAUGUAAGGACACUCUGGCAACCAUUGCUGAGCCGGUGACUCACAACACCUACGGCAAGAAGGAAGGCGCUUGGAUGAAGGAUCCCAAGUCCAACAGCGACAAGAUUUAUGUCACCAACUUCUAUUACGGCAACAACCUCCUGGAGUUCCACAACAUGGAAGUCUUCAAGAAAGGCCGUUUCACAAACUCCUACAAGCUCCCUUACAACUGGAUCGGCACAGGCCACGUGGUCUACGACGGGGCCUUCUACUACAACCGCGCCUUCUCGCGAGACAUCAUCAAAUUCGACCUGCGUCGGCGCUACGUGGCCGCCUGGAGCCUGCUGCACGACGCCGUAAUGGACGAGUCCACGUCGGCCUGGGAGUGGCGCAGUCACUCGGACGUCGACUUCGCCUUGGACGAGAGCGGCAUCUGGAUCAUCUACCCGGCUUUGGACGACGAGGGCUUCUUGCAGGAGGUGGUGGUCCUGAGUCGCCUGAACCCGGUGGACCUGAGCAUGCAGAGGGAGACCACGUGGAGGACCGGGCUGAGGAGGAGCCACUACGGGAACUGCUUCAUCGUGUGCGGCGUCUUGUACGCUGUUGACAGCUACAACCGAAAGGACGCCAACUUGGAAUACGCCUUCGACACGCACACCAACACGCAGAUGAUUCCCAGGAUGCCGUUCACCAACAACUACACCUACACCACCCAGAUUGACUAUAACCCCAAAGAGGGAGUCUUGUACGCGUGGGACAAUGGACACCAGGUCACAUACAACAUUAAGUUUGCUUAUGCAGACCCCAAAUAAGUUUAUAUUUGGAAUGCUUACAUGGAUUGUAGAUCAGUCCUUUAUUGGUUAAAAUCCCUUUUUUUCCCUAUCUGAAUUCCACCAAAUUGAGCCACAUUCCUCAGUCUGUAGGAGUCAGGACACAAGCCCCUUGACAUGAAUGUAAAAAGAUGAUAAACACCCCAGUUUCUUCAAUUGUUUCAACAAACGCACAUUUUUUUUUAUUCUAUACCCGCUUUAUCUUUGUUUGUUCUUUGUAAAAGCAACCCAAAUAUGUCUUUACUCUCUGGUGACUGGGGGAGAAUAAAGUUCAUUCACGCUUAUCUGUCAA